AUCUCCUCCAUCCCCUGGCUGCCGACCGCAGGGAUGUUCCCGGCUCAGGAGGAGGCUGACAGGACCGUGUUUGUGGGCAAUUUAGAGGCCCGAGUACGGGAAGAGAUUCUUUACGAGCUAUUCCUUCAGGCUGGGCCACUAACCAAAGUAACUCUUUGCAAAGACAGAGAUGGGAAGCCAAAGUCCUUUGGCUUCGUCUGCUUCAAACAUCCUGAAUCUGUGUCUUAUGCCAUAGCUUUGCUGAAUGGAAUUCGUUUGUAUGGAAGGCCAAUUAAUGUGCAAUAUCGAUUUGGCAGUUCUCGCUCUUCUGAACCAGCUAGCCAAAGUUUUGAGAGCUGUGUUAAGAUAAAUUCACACAGCUUCAGGAAUGAAGAAAUGGUGGGCAGAUCUUCAUUUCCCAUGCAGUUUUUCCCAAUUGCAAACGCUGCUUUACCUCAAGAAUAUUUUUUCUUUCAGAAAAUGCCCUGGCACACACACAGUCCAAUGAUGCAGCCUCCUUUCUACGACAUGACAGCUUCACUUCCCAGCAAUACAUCUGGGUCUUGCUCCUUAAACUACACCCCAGACCUCGAGGCUGGACCCUGCUCCUAUGAAUGGACUCACCAGCAGCCAAGUGAGCCUGACCUUUAUCAUAGGGGCCAACGAAAGAGGCAAAGGCAAGCCAGUGACUCUGGCAGUAGUUCGGAAGACCAGAGAGGGAAUGAAGGUGGCCAAAAAUGCAGGAAAUGCAAGAGGAAGAAGAAAUACUAGUGAAGAGUAUCUGUGCUGCUCUCUCUCUCUAUCAAAAUAAAAAAAGAAAGAAGAAAAAAGAAAAAAAAGUCGGUUGUACCAAAUGAUCCAUUUCUUGGCCACCUUGUCUUUAAAAAAAAAAAUGAAAAUAUGACUCUGUGAUUUGUAUUCAGUUUUUGCCAUCAAUGAUAAAAGCUUUUCAACAGUAAAAUAAUGUACUACUUUUGUAUUUGAAAGGUUAUUUCUUGCCCAUUGUCAGGAAGAAUACACUUUACAUCAUCUUAUUUUUAGAACUGAGGAUGAAAUUUCACUAAACUCUAAAGCCACUCGCUAAACCCUUGAGGGUUAAGCACUGUGCUCUCCCUAGAGUCUCACCUGAGGCUUUCAACCACAAGUGGGCUGGCCUCAGAUGCAUCUGUAGGUUGCUGGGGAAACAGUGGUAAUAUUUAAAAACAGCAUGUUCUAACGACUAUGUAGUAAGGAGGCAUCAGUUCCCUUGUAACUGACACUUUACCAUUUAAGUCUAAACACAAUAUCUCUGAGUAUCACUAGCAGGCUGAUUUCAUAUGAUCGUGACCAUGACAUACAAAGAAAAAGUACUGUCAUAUGCUCAGUGUCAUUUGCUUAAAGGGGCUGCUAUAGGAUUAGUUCCUUUUUUCAUGAUUUUAUUGGACAUAAAUAUCUCUUUACAUCUCAUUUCUUGUUUGUAAUGAAAAAAAUCAGUUGAUGGUGUCAGCAUCCACUGUCUGCUCCUUCCAGCAAGGGUGGAGAGUGUAUAGCAAAUGUGUGAAUCUUCAUGAACUGCAUAGAUAGAAUGCUGUUGUAUCAUCAUAUAUUUAAUGCCUACUUCCAGGUCUAUAUUUAUAAUUCACGUAUUUUAGAAGAUAAAUGGAGUACAUGUAAAAUGAAUGGUGUUUAUCAGUUUGAUUCAGCAUAAACCAAAACUAAGAAAAUUAUGUGUUUGUUAAAACUAAUUGAACAAAUCAGGCAAACCCACUUGGAUUCAUCUACUCAGUUCAAUA